CCUUUUCUUCCCCUCUCUCCCCCUCCUUGGUUUCCUAAUUCCCCCCUGAAACCUCUCUCCCCUAAGAAAAUGGAAAACCCUACCACGAAAGCAACAUCCCAAACUCCAGUCAUAACCAUUCCCAGCACUCCUCUCAUCUCUUGCUCGACGUCUUCGUCCUCCUCGUCGCCGCGCCGUCAAACAUCUUUGUCUCCGACCGCCACCCCCACCACCACUUCUCCACCUACACAGCCUCCUUCUCUGCAACCGGUGGUUCUCAGCCCAUGUGCUGCCUGCAAGAUUCUCCGCCGCCGCUGUGUCGACAAGUGCGUUUUGGCUCCAUACUUCCCACCUACCGAACCUUACAAGUUCACCAUUGCACACCGAGUUUUCGGUGCCAGCAACAUUAUCAAGUUCUUACAGGAACUUCCAGAGUCUCAGAGAGCGGAUGCAGUGAGCAGUAUGGUAUAUGAGGCAAAUGCGAGGCUCCGAGACCCAGUGUAUGGUUGCGCCGGCUCCAUAUGCCAUCUCCAGAAGCAAGUGAGCGAGCUCCAAGCACAGCUUGCCAAGUCACAGGCCGAGCUGCUUAAUUUGCAAGCUCAGCACACCAAUCUGGUCGCCCUAAUCUGCAUGGAGAUGUCCGGGAAGUACAAUAAUUCUUCUCAAGAACCCAACGUUGACCAACUCCUUGACAUGAGCUGCUUCUUGGAUGACAACGUUUCGAGCUCUACAUGGGAGUCGCUUUGGGCAUGACCGGUCAAGCUGAUGGGCUGGCGCCCUCUCGAUCAGAUCAUUAACUAUAUCAAGAUUGACCUCAAAACCUGGUCGACAUACCACGACAGUUUCAAUCUAUUGGACAAUUAAUAUAGUAUGGCAGGCAUGAGCUUCUAUUUGGUAUCGAUACACGGCUAAUGGCUUAUAUAUAGUCCCCCUUUGAUUUCAUCAAGUGUAGAUCCAAUUUGGCAUGGAAUUGCUUUUCUAGACUGGGGAAUCAACGAUCGCAGAUGUAAUGAUGAAAGGAACUAAUAGUUACAUUAGGAAUAUAUACUUGAGAUAUAUAUAUAUAUAUAUAUAUGUUACAUAUAGUAUAUAUAUUGUAGAACUUCCCCCAUGGAAAAAGGAAAAGAGUAUGGCGGGAGAUAAUGAUAUUUUGUAGUGUGAUCUUUGGCUUUGGAAAAAGUAAUGAAGGUGUUAUCCAUCUUAUACAUCA